UUCCAUCUGAGCGGCACAGUAACUGAACCAGCCACUGCUUCUGAACCAGCAGUGACUUACAAAGUUGCAAUCAGUUUUGAUCGCUGCAAAAUCACUUCCGUGACCUGUGGUUGUGGGAAUAAAGACAUAUUCUACUGUGCUCAUGUGGUAGCACUGUCACUCUACAGGAUUCGUAAACCAGACCAAGUCAAAUUGCGUCUUCCUAUCUCAGAAACCCUUUUCCAGAUGAAUAGGGACCAGCUACAGAAGUUUAUUCAAUAUUUAAUCACAGCACACCAUACCGAAGUUCUUCCUACUGCACAGAAGCUGGCAGACGAGAUUCUCUCUUCCAACUCAGAGAUCAACCAAGUGAAUGGUGCCCCUGACCCCACAGCUGGGGCCAGCAUUGACGAUGAGAACUGCUGGCACUUGGAUGAAGAGCAGGUGAAGGAACAAGUGAAGCUUUUCCUCUCCCAGGGCGGUUACUAUGGCUCUGGAAAGCAGCUCAAUUCAAUGUUUUCCAAGGUUCGAGAGAUGCUUCGGAUGAGAGAUUCCAAUGGAGCCAGGAUGCUGACACUUAUAACUGAGCAAUUUAUGGCUGAUCCCCGCCUCACACUCUGGAGGCAGCAAGGAACAAGCAUGACAGACAAGUGCAGGCAGCUCUGGGAUGAGCUGGGGGCUUUAUGGGUGUGCAUAAUUUUAAAUCCACACUGCAAACUAGAAGAAAAAUCCUGUUGGCUACAGCAGCUGCAGAAGUGGAAUGACCUGGAUAUCUGUCCUCUGGAAGAUGGCAAUUAUGGGCAUGAACUCCCCAACAUUACCAAUGCACUUUCCCAGAGUGCCAGCCACAGCCCAGACUCUUUAUCCAGACCAAGACGAACAGUCUUCACUAGAGCUAUUGAAGGCCGUGAGUUACACUGGCAGGACAGUCACCUACAGCGAAUAAUCAGCAGUGACAUCUAUGCAGCUCCUGCCUGCCAGCGGGAAAAUGAGCGACUGCUCUUCAAUUCCCACGGCCAGCCACUGUGGCUUGAGCAUGUGCCUACAGCCUGCGCUCGUGUUGAUGCGCUGCGAUCUCAUGGGUAUCCAAAAGAGGCUCUCAGACUCACGGUGGCCAUCAUUAAUACUCUGAGGUUACAGCAGCAGCGGCAGCUAGAGAUCUACAAACACCAGAAGAAAGAAUUGUUGCAGAGAGGAACCACAACAAUCACGAACCUGGAGGGCUGGGUGGGCCAUCCCCUGGAUCCCAUUGGCUGCCUGUUUCUCACUUUGACCGAGGCCUGCCGCCUGAAUGAUGACAGCUACAUGGAAAUGUCAGAUAUGAAUGAAAGCAGACUACCUGUGUACCAGCACGUACCUGUGGCUUCAGGCUGCCCAAACAGCAAUGAGUCGUACCUGUCAUUGGCCCUGGAAGUUGCUCUGAUGGGCAUGGGUCAACAGAGGGUAAUGCCUGAAGGCCUCUAUGCCCAGGACAAGGUGUGCCGUAACGAGGAGCAACUCCUAAGCCAACUCCAGGAACUGCAGCUGGAUGACGAGCUAGUACAGACAUUACGGAAACAGUGUGUCUUGCUGCUGGAAGGAGGCCCCUUCAGCGGUCUAGGAGAAGUUAUCCACCGGGAGAGUGUUCCUAUGCAUACCUUUGCCAAGUAUUUGUUCUCAGCCCUGCUGCCUCACGAUCCAGACCUGUCCUAUAAGUUAGCCUUACGAGCCAUGAGGUUACCUGUUCUAGAAAACUCAUCUUCUGCAGGCGACACUUCCCACUCUCAUCACAUGGUGUCUGUGGUGCCCAGCCGUUACCCUCGCUGGUUCACACUUGGACAUUUGGAAUCACAGCAGUGUGAACUGGCCUCUACCAUGCUGACUGCUGCCAAAGGGGAUACUCUGAGGCUACGAACUAUUCUAGAAGCAAUACAGAAGCACAUCCAUUCUUCCUCACUCAUCUUCAAACUGGCUCAAGAUGCGUUCAAGAUUGCUACUCCCACGGACAGCAGCACAGACAGCACUCUGCUCAAUGUGGCCCUGGAGCUGGGGUUACAGGUAAUGCGGAUGACCUUGUCAACCCUUAACUGGAGGCGCCGAGAGAUGGUUCGAUGGUUGGUUACUUGUGCUACAGAAGUGGGUGUUCGGGCCCUGGUGAGCAUCUUGCAGAGCUGGUACACACUCUUCACCCCCACCGAGGCUACAAGUAUUGUGGCUGCCACAGCUGUAUCCCACACCACUAUCCUGCGCCUCAGUCUCGACUACCCACAGCGGGAGGAACUGGCUAGCUGUGCUCGCACACUGGCCCUGCAAUGUGCUAUGAAGGAUCCGCAGAGCUGUGCCUUGUCAGCUCUUACACUCUGUGAGAAAGACCACAUUGCCUUUGAGGCAGCCUACCAGAUUGCCAUUGAUGCUGCUGCUGGUGGCAUGACUCAUUCACAGCUCUUCACUAUUGCCCGCUACAUGGAGCUCCGUGGCUACCCGCUGCGUGCCUUCAAGCUGGCCUCACUGGCCAUGAGCCAUCUUAACCUAGCCUACAACCAGGACACCCAUCCAGCCAUCAAUGAUGUGCUCUGGGCUUGUGCCCUUAGCCACUCUCUGGGCAAGAAUGAACUGGCAGCUCUCAUCCCCCUGGUGGUGAAGAGCGUGCACUGUGCCACAGUGCUUUCCGAUAUCCUGCGUAGGUGCACAGUGACUGCACCAGGCUUGGCGGGUAUCCCAGGCCGUCGCAGCUCUGGAAAGCUCAUGUCAACGGACAAAGCUCCACUGCGCCAGCUACUGGAUGCCACCAUCAAUGCCUAUAUCAACACCACACACUCCCGUCUGACACACAUCAGUCCCCGCCAUUACGGAGAGUUUAUUGAGUUUCUGAGCAAGGCUCGAGAGACCUUCCUACUGCCCCAGGAUGGUCACUUGCAAUUUGCCCAAUUCAUUGACAACCUCAAACAGAUUUACAAAGGCAAGAAGAAGCUGAUGCUGCUGGUUCGGGAGCGCUUUGGCUGAGGAAAUGGAUAGCUUGCUGCCAGGGCGGCCUGGGCUCCCAGAUCAGGACAUGGACUCUGAAACAUCUGUCUACCCUGAGAGGACUCUGAGCACUUGUGGCUGAGCCAAAAGUACCACAGACCUAAGGAUGGGGAGAGUCCAACUUUAACCAGUAUUCCUGCCUUGGCAAGCUUGUCACGCCAGCCCCACUGUUCCUGGAGGAGCUGGGCCCUGCAGACCGAUCAGAUGUCCCCACAACAUGUCACCUCACGCCCCUAUAUCCUGCGUGUCCUGGCCAUUGGCCUCUCUCCCUUGGCAAACACAGAACACUGUUCCGUCUCAGGGAUUGCUUAACCAGAGAAACAGAAGCAUUUAUGGUACUGUAAAUACUAUAGUAUAUGUGUUGUCAAGCAUUGUAAA